CAGCCACUGAUCGGUCAGUUCUCGCCGCCGAGCGUAGUCGCACCCCACGCCACCUGUGCCCCUGCCGCUCCACACUUCCGCCAUGCUCCUGCAGCACAUUCUGUUUGCGUUCCUGCUGCUUUCAAUCACCGUGCUCGGCAAGCAUAAGAAGGCGAAGCCAAAGAAAUUCGUGUCCCCGACGACGAAGGGCAUUCAGUGCUACAACUGCCUCUCAUUCGACCACCCUGGCUGCUGGGAUCCCGAUCACCCCGACUACGCCAAUAUCACGGUACCAAACAUCGACUGCUACAUCCCAGGCAUGGCGUUUCUGUGUAUCGUCAUCACCUCCGAAUCCGCAAAGCUUGUGGAGACAGGCCAGGAGAUCGGACCGGUGCGUGCACGCACAUGCGUGCCUGCCAAGGACUUCUCCAAAAAGACGGUGUCAUACAGUAUGUGCUCCAAGCUGAGCAAGGAGCUGUCGGCGUCGGAGAUAUUCAGCCGCAUUGCGGUGAGCCGCCCGCAAUGCACCCUCUGCAAGAAGCACCUGUGCACAGACGCGUCACAUUGCUAGACGUUAUCGCCAAACACACCGCCCACCCCGCCCGCGCCCGCCAUUGUUACGCAACGUGUUUAGCGCCGGCCGCCCUCGCCUAUCAAAUGCAACCAAGUGUACAGCGCUACUUGUUUGGAAACUAACAUCUUUGUUACCCGUCGCUCCGCGGCCGAGAUUCUUUUUUUACGUGUUAAGACGUUAAGAUUAUGUUUAAUAAAACUAAUUAAAACCUAUGAGUCUUUUUGCACAGGCGC